CUGUUGACAUGGCCGGGAAGUUGUCAUGUAUGGGGUGCCCAUAACUACAGCUGUAUACGUAACAAAAAAUGGCAGAAUCCUAUUAUAUAGGUGUUGAUGUUGGAACAGCUAGCGUUCGUGCUGCUCUGAUAACCCACGAUGGAAGAAUCGUUUCAUCCGCGACGCAGCCAUUGCAAAUCUGGCAACCUCUCACUGAUUACUAUGAGCAAUCAUCCGAAGAUGUAUGGAGAAAUGUCUGCUUAGUUGUUAAGGAGGUUGGUGCCAGUCUCACUGAUAAGGGAAAGGUUAAAGGGAUAGGUUUUGAUGCAACAUGUUCCCUGGUGACUUUAGACUCAUCAGGAGGUCCUGUCACAUGCAGUCCUUCCAAAGAACCUCACAGAAAUAUUAUAAUGUGGCUGGAUCACCGUGCCAUGGAACAGGCUGAAAGAGUCAACAGUACAAAACACAAAGUGUUAACAUAUGUUGGUGGAGCUACUUCACCAGAAAUGGAGAUUCCAAAAAUGCUGUGGCUAAAAGAAAAUUUGCAAAUGGACUGUUGGGAUAAAUGUGCACUUUGUUUAGAACUACCUGAGUUUCUCACUUAUAGAGCAACUGGUGAUAAAACAAGGCUCAGUGAGUGGAUGGAUUGACUCCUUUCUGGAAGCAGUUGGACUUGAGGAUCUUGUGAACACUAACUAUUCCAAAUUGGGGGUUAAAGUUGGUAGUCCUGGGGAGCCUGUUGGUAAAGGUUUGACAAAAAGUGCUGCAGCAGAACUAGGAUUAUGGGAAGGAAUGCCAGUGGGUACUUCGCUCAUUGAUGCACAUGCUGGAGGAUUUGGUGUCAUUGGAGCUGAUUUAGGUCCACUUCUUACUGAGGAUAAACCAUUGACUUCACGUCUGGCUGUUAUUUGUGGAACAUCAUCAUGUCACAUGGCUAUUAAUCAAAACCCAGUGUUUGUGCCAGGGGUCUGGGGCCCAUACUUCUCUGCUAUGGUACCAGGUCUGUGGUUAAAUGAGGGAGGCCAAAGUGUUACUGGGAAACUGAUUGAUCAUCUUAUAGAGACACAUGUGGCUUGCAAGGAGCUGAAAGAAAAAGCUGAAAAGAGGAAUUGUUCCCUGUACGAGGAACUAAACAAUCACGUGGCCACCUUGGCUGAGAAGCGACAGCUUGACAACCUGGCAUUAUUAUCACGCGACUUUCACGUGCUUCCAGAUUUCCAUGGAAACCGAUCGCCUAUAGGAGAUCCCAAAAUGACAGGAAUGAUUUGUGGUUUAACUCUCACCGCUGAUCUUGAUAACCUGGCGGUUCUGUAUCUCGCUGUACUUCAAGCCCUUGCACAUGGAACUCGCCAUAUUGUGGAAUGUUUAAACGAAGCAGGACAUUCGAUUGACUCACUGUUCCUCUGUGGUGGACUCUCCAAAAAUGAAUUAUUCAUCCAAAUACAUGCUGAUGUGACAGGUUUUCCUUGUAUUUUGCCGCGCGAGAGUGAAUCAGUGCUCGUUGGCUCGGCAAUUCUUGGAGCAUGCGCGUCAGGGGAUUUUCCUUCAAUCCAGGAAGCUAUGAAAAGCAUGAAUGCUGCAAAAAAAGUUGUGAAGCCACAAAAAAGUGUCAAAGGGUUUUACGACAAAAAGCACCAAGUUUUUUUACUGAUGUUGACGAUCGAAAUGAACUUUAGAGAAUUAAUGAAAGAUUUAUGUUUUCAUAGUGCACUUGUACAAGACUUUUUCACAUUCAAGAAAGGAUGAACCGCCUCGAAGGCUGAUUUUGUGAAUGAGAUUCUGUACCGGACCACUUACAAUAUUGAAACAAUACAAUAUUCAUUUGUCAUUAAGUUCGAGAGCAAGGGUUAAGUCCUUAACUCAAAAUGCUCAUUAACAAUUUGUUAUCAAAUGAAUUUAUCAUGAAUAUCAAAGACGUUGAAAUUGGUAAUUGAGAUGGGUCGUGCACCGCAAAACACCCUCAGCAAAAAUCUUUUUAAUGCAUUAAAAAUGUGUUUAGUAGUCCAUUUUGUAAUAGUGUUAAAGCCACACCUCUUUCUUGGGCUGAUAAAGUUCCCUCUGAAUAUUGAAACAAUAAAAUUUUGUUAAUGAGUUA